GAAAAAAUAACAACAAUUACACUAUUUUUCAAAAUCGGACAUCUUAUUGUUUAAAUAAAUAAAUAAUUGUUGUCGAAUUUAUAGAUCAAAAUAUUAAGUCUAUGUUCGAAAAGUAUAAUCUAACCUAAAAGUUUUUCGUUUGAUGAACGUUGUCAAUAGUAAAUAAACAACAAAUCCUAGAAAAAGGAAUAUCUUAUGCAAAAAUUAUGGCAGCACCUCCUCAAGCUUUAGUAAACAGGAACAAAAAACAUUUCCUUGGAGUACCAGCUCCAUUAGGAUAUGUUGCUGGUGUUGGAAGAGGAGCCACUGGAUUUACCACUCGUUCGGAUAUUGGUCCAGCCAGAGAUGCAAAUGAUGUCUCAGAUGACAGACAUGCUCCUCCAGCAGCAAAGCGAACCAAGAAAAAGGAUGAAGAAGAAGAAAAAGAGGAAGAGGAAGACUUGAAUGAUUCUAAUUAUGAUGAGUUCAGUGGUUAUGGUGGUUCUUUAUUCUCUAAAGAUCCAUAUGAUAAAGAUGAUGCGGAAGCUGAUGCCAUUUAUGAAGCCAUUGACAAGAGAAUGGAUGAGAAACGAAAAGAAUAUAGGGAGAAGAGAUUGAGGGAAGAAUUGGAAAGAUAUCGUCAAGAAAGGCCAAAAAUUCAGCAACAGUUCUCUGAUUUAAAAAGGGAUUUAAGCAGUGUAUCAGAGGAUGAAUGGAGAAAUGUGCCAGAAGUUGGUGAUGCCAGAAAUAAAAAGCAGAGAAAUCCAAGAGCUGAAAAGUUUACUCCACUACCAGAUAGUGUUUUAGCCAGAAAUCUGGGUGGUGAGGCAGUCUCUUCAUUGGAUCCCAAUUCAGGAUUGGCCAGUAUUGUCCCUGGAGUAGCUACACCUGGUAUGUUGACUCCAACUGGUGACAUGGACUUGAGGAAGAUUGGUCAAGCCAGAAAUACCCUGAUGAAUGUUAAAUUGUCACAGGUGUCUGAUUCAGUGACAGGGCAAACAGUUGUGGAUCCUAAAGGUUACCUAACAGAUUUACAAUCGAUGAUUCCAACUUAUGGUGGUGAUAUAAAUGAUAUAAAAAAAGCUAGAUUACUUUUGAAAUCUGUUAGAGAAACUAAUCCAAACCAUCCACCUGCAUGGGUUGCCAGUGCGCGUUUAGAGGAAGUAACAGGAAAAGUACAAGCUGCCAGAAAUUUGAUAAUGAAGGGCUGUGAAGUUAAUCCACAAAGUGAAGACCUGUGGUUGGAAGCAGCCAGAUUAAAUCCACCUGAUACAUCAAAGGCUGUCAUUGCACAGGCUGCAAGACAUAUUCCCACUUCUGUAAGGAUAUGGAUAAAAGCAGCCGAUUUAGAAACGGAAACGAAGGCGAAACGCCGUGUGUUUCGCAAAGCACUCGAACACAUUCCUAAUUCAGUGCGUUUGUGGAAAGCGGCCGUUGAACUAGAAAACCCGGAGGAUGCUCGAAUUCUUUUAUCCAGAGCAGUGGAGUGUUGUCCGCAGGCUGUUGAAUUGUGGUUGGCUUUAGCCAAAUUGGAAACGUACGAGAACGCUAGGAAAGUGUUGAACAAGGCUAGAGAAAACAUACCAACUGACAAGCAAAUUUGGACAACAGCAGCAAAAUUAGAAGAACAUAAUGGAAAUCACCACAUGGUAGAAAAGAUCAUUGAAAGAGCUAUAACAUCGUUGAAUUCUAAUGGUGUUGAAAUCAACAGAGAACAUUGGUUCAAGGAAGCAAUAGAGAGCGAGAAAAGCGGUCACAUACACUGUUGUAGAGCGAUUGUUAAAGCUAUUAUUAGUUAUGGCGUUGAACCUGAAGAUCAGAAACACACUUGGAUGGAAGAUGCAGAACAUUGUAUCAAUCAAGGGGCUUAUGAAUGUGCUAGAACUGUUUAUGGCAUAGCUUUGGCAGAAUUUCCUGGAAAGAAGUCUAUUUGGCUCAGAGCUGCCUAUUUGGAAAAGAAUCACGGAUCUAGAGAGAGUCUGGAGUCUUUGUUGCAGAGGGCAGUUGCCCAUUGUCCCAAAAGUGAGGUGUUGUGGUUGAUGGGAGCUAAGAGUAAGUGGUUGGCUGGUGAUGUGCCAGCUGCUAGAGGAAUUUUGUCCUUGGCUUUCCAGGCGAAUCCUAACAGUGAAGAGAUCUGGUUAGCCGCAGUAAAGCUGGAAUCCGAAAAUCGUGAAUAUGAACGUGCCAGAAGACUUUUAGCAAAGGCUAGAGGUUCUGCACCUACACCCAGAGUUAUGAUGAAAAGCGCUAAACUCGAGUGGUCAUUGAAUGAUUUGAAUGCAGCCUUAGGUUUACUUGAGGAGGCUUUAAAAGUGUUCCCAGAUUUCGCCAAGCUUUGGAUGAUGUGUGGACAAAUUUAUGAACAGAAGAAUGAAAUGUCAAAAGCAUUUGAUACUUAUAGUAUUGCGAUUAAAAAAUGUCCUGGAUCAAUUCCACUAUGGUUAUUAUUGUCUAGACUGGAGGAAAAACGAGACCUCCUCAUUAAAGCGCGUUCAGUAUUAGAAAAAGCUCGCUUGAAAAACCCGAAGAAUGACGAAUUGUGGCUUGAAGCCAUCAGAGUAGAAAUGAGAGCGGGAAUGAAGGACAUUGCCAAUUCGAUGAUGGCAAAAGCUUUGCAGGAAUGCCCUAAUUCUGGAAUACUGUGGGCUGAAUCUAUAUUCUUGGAACCCAGGGCACAAAGAAAAACAAAAUCAGUUGAUGCUCUUAAAAAAUGUGAACAUGAUCCACAUGUUCUAUUGGCAGUCAGUAAAUUGUUCUGGUCUGAAAGGAAAUUAAGCAAAUGCAGAGAAUGGUUCCAGAGAACAUUAAAAAUAGAACCAGAUCUUGGUGAUGCUUGGGCCCAUUGGUUUAGGUUUGAACAACUACAUGGCACUAAAGAACAGAUUGAGGAAGUGAAAUCAAGAUGUUUAACAGCUGAACCACAUCAUGGUGAGCUGUGGUGUUCAGUCUCCAAAAAAAUUUCAAAUGUUGGAUUAAGUACUGAGCAAAUAUUGUUAGCAGUUGCUGUUGAAGUACCUAUUCCUGUUUGAAGAAUUUUUAUGUAAUAUAAAACAACAUUUAUAGAAUUAAUUUGUUUAUUAAACUAGAAAUAGGUGUAAUAAAUAUUGCAGAAACAUUA